AUGCAAUACCGAAAGCUACUCACAUUGGCGCUUGUGCCGUCGAUACUCUUCUUCCUGCUGUCGUUAGUCUCCGUGGCCUUGACAACACACUAUUGGAUCAUAGGCGAUUGGAUCACCCCAAGAGGAGUAAAUGUACAGACCAGUACAUUCAGCGACCGCACACAGUCAUACACGAUCGACGAAACUAUCGUUUACUUUACCGGAAAUGACACCGAUGCGACGAUCGCUUCUGGAUGUUUGUGCCUGACCGCCGCCGUUGUGUCGCUCAUCGCAUGGGCGCAACUACGAAAGCCGGAUAUGGACACGCAGUUUGCGACUAACAAACGCCGUUUCUGGAUACUUGCCGUAGUCUUGACAAGUCUGGUCGGCGCUAUAACUGCGCUUGUCUCCAUCGUUCUCCAUUACACCAACAAGGGUGACGACGCCUUUGGCUGUAGAUCUGAGACGCUCCAAAUGGCUGGAAAGUUGAAUACGAACAAAUACUGCACAAGAGAAGUGGCCGCGUGCAAUUUCCUUCCGAAGUAUCUGUCAAAAGCAGACAGGAGCAGCGCCGCGUUGGGUUGCACAGAGGCAGUGACUGUCAAAUGGCUGCAAAUUGCUUUGAUUUUUCUGGCGCUUCUCGUCCUCGGCAUCUUCGCUGUGCAAGCACGGCUUCGAAGAAAGACUCGAUCGACGCGAAUGGCCGCAGCCGAGAAGGAUCCUAUGCCAGUGGACUCUAACGAGCAUUUCUGA